AUGGAUAUCACAACCACAGUUCUCAAGCUCCGCUCUGAUCCCCUCCUUCUCGGCGACUACAAUGCCUAUCGAGCGCUUUGUUCUCGCAGAAUUUCAAAGCUCAGGCGAAAUGUAUACGGCAAAUCAGCUAGUCGGUCUCGGAAGUAUGUUGAGAAGGCUGCUAUCACGCCUCAGAACAUUGCUGAAAAUGCCAAAUAUGUACAUCUCCUCGUUUACUCUACUGAAAGGGCGUGGGCUUUUGCAAUGUACAUGAAAUCUGAUUCCGGGGCAUCGGCUCUAUCGGGACCGACACGCAGCCACAUUAUCACACGCUUCAACAAGGCCCACAAAUAUGCUUCCCAGCUUCUCGCACUACUCCAAGACCCAGAAAGUAAUGCUAGCCAAAAUGAUAUACUCGAAGCCAGAGCUUACGCGGACUCAAUUGCUGGUGCGAUUGCCUUUGAGAAGGGGCAGUGGGAUAAAGCCCUUGCAUACCUGUCGACUGCCAGAAUAAUUUAUCUCGCGCUCUCCGCUGCCGUUCGGGGGGACACUUUCAAGGAGAUUUUAAAUAGUAAUAUUGAUGCUGGGGUUCGCUACAGCUCGUAUCAAUUACGUCUGCCCAGAAACCAGGAUAUUGAUACGACUAGCCGCCGGCAUUUCCCCAAAGACGACGAAAAACUUCUUAGCGCUAUCGCCGCAUUAGACGCAGAUGUUUUAAGGGAGCCUGAAGAAGAGGAGCAGGUUGCCGCUGGAUCCGUGGCAAAACCAAUAGCUGUCAAAUCAAUAACAUGGAGAACCCGUACCGCGCCAGUUGAAGACGCAGACGUUGCACUUGCACUGGGGAGCGUGGCUGCGGCCGAAAAAAACCUUGAAUCGUACCUUGAUGAGCACAAGGCAGAUUCUGGGAAAUCCAGAGCAGACCAUUUCGACGAGAUUUUGGCAGCAUGGCAAGAUUCUGCGGACGUGAUCAAGAAAACAAUCGAUGAUGCACUGAAUGAUGGAGCAAGUGCCGGCGACGAGAGAAUCCAGGCCCUACAGGUUAUUUAUACUUACGUGAACUAUAAUCUGAUUUCGUGGAGAAUCCGAAGAAACAGUGUUAUGGCUACGGGUGUUUGGGAUGAUAAGAAAGAGAAAGAUGGACCCGGUGCAGUUUCUGGCUUCAAGGAAGAAGUUGCGCUUUGGGAUGCUAUACUCCAGGACUUGGAACAAGCCGCAGAGCUACCAGGUGUCGCAGCAGAUGAGGAAUUCGGCAAUGAACUCGAGAUGAAGCGUCACUACUACCUUGCCCUCAAGUGUUCGGCAAUUGCCGCCUCGCAUGCCAAUAUUGGCAAUCGACUAAAUUCACUUGCUCUUUAUCACCGUGCAUCUGAAAGCAUCAACACCGCGGUCUCACUCUCAUCGCAAAUAAAACCCACCUCUAGCGAUCCAUUUUCCAUCCCAUCCGAGAAGAUCAAGAUACUGGCCGCAGAGUUAAAAGCCAAUGUUCAACGAUAUCAUGCCCUCGCCGAAAUGGACCGCCUAACCCAGCAGUCUUCUACCCUCGCUCAAAAAUCAGCCGUAAGAAAGCCACUCAUUGAAAGUUUGGCUGUAUACCCGGAGUCCGGUGUCGAUUUCACCAAUUUAAUCGACUUCCCACCGAAAGUUAAGCCGAUACCUGUCAAACCUAUCUUCUUCGAUAUCGCGUGGAAUUAUAUUGAGUAUCCGGGCUUAGAGAGGGAGGCUGCCCCUGUUGUCGAUGAGCCAACUACUACAGCUCCAAUGGAAAUCGAUGAAGGGAGGAAAGACGAAAGUAAUCCACAGAAUCGGGGUUGGUUCCGAUGGGGAAGAUAA